AUGUCCCGUCCUAUCGUAAUUUCCGGUCCAAGUGGUACAGGUAAGUCUACAUUGUUGAAGAAAUUGUUCGCCGAAUACCCAGAUUCCUUCGGGUUUAGUGUCUCAUCCACCACUAGAACUCCAAGAGCAGGUGAAGUAAACGGUAAGGACUAUAACUUCGUUACUGUGGAUGAGUUCAAAUCCAUGAUUAAGAACAAUGAAUUUAUCGAAUGGGCUCAAUUUUCCGGUAACUACUACGGUAGUACCGUCGCUUCUGUCAAACAAGUUAGUAAAUCCGGGAAAACUUGUAUCUUAGAUAUUGAUAUGCAGGGUGUCAAAUCUGUCAAGGGAAUCCCAGAAUUGAAUGCCAGGUUUUUGUUUGUUGCUCCACCAUCUGUCGAAGAUUUGAAAAAAAGACUAGAAGGUAGAGGUACGGAGACAGAAGAAUCUAUCGCCAAGAGAUUGGGCGCUGCUCAAGCUGAAUUGGCAUAUGCUGAGACUGGCGCCCAUGACAAAAUUAUUGUCAAUGAUGAUUUAGACAAGGCCUACAAGGAGUUGAAAGAUUUCAUCUUUGCCGAAAAAUGA